AUGCCCGAACAUCUCUUAAGGACCAGAUCGUCUCCCGCUCUCGCGUCUCGUUCAUUUGGGAGCGAGCAUGUCUUCUGGUUCGAGCGAACGGCGACAUCAACCGCCGCCGCCGCCGCCGCCGCCGCCGACGACGGCGGGGACUCCGAUGACCGGCGGAAGCUCGCCGUCGCCAUUUCUCUCCUGCGUUCCAAGUUCCUGAAGAACCGUACAUCUCCUCCUCCUCCUCCUCCUCCUCCUCCUCCUGCUGAAUCCGACGUUCUGCGAUGGAAGCGAAAGGCUAAGGAGCGAAAGCAGGAGCUCUUGCGUCUCAGAGAGGAUCUCAAGGAAGCAGAAGAAGCAUCGCACUCCGCUGCAUUCCCUCAGGUCGCGUCCUGCAAGUGCUAUUUCUUCGACGACUUGGGGAAGCUGAGCCCCGACCGGCUCGGAGACGGCUCCGAUCACCGAUUCAGCGAUGUUCUUCGCCGGAGAUUUCUAAGACAAGGUUUUCUUCACAUUAAAUCGUGGUCAUCGCCAUGGGACGCCAGUUUGAGUUUCGACGAUCUCAAGGACUCGAUUUGCUUCUCUCGCUUUGCAGUGCGAUUCCGGGAAAGUAAGAGGAGAAGAGAUGAUUUGCAUCAGCGCCGGCAUCUCUCAGAUGUAACAACUAUAGAUGAAGUGGAGCAUCUUUGUGCUGCUGCUGAUUUUCUUGUGGAGCUUUGUGACGCUACUUCAUCUGUUGAGGAGGAUAAUUUUGCUAACUGGUCACAUCAAGCUGUAGACUUCAUCCUAGCUUCAUUGAAGAAUCUAUUAUCAGUGAAAGAGAACAUGGAAAGCAUUGAAGGUAUUGUCAACAGUUUGAUAUUGCGUUUGGUUAGAAGGAUGACCUCUCUUUUGGGAAAAGAUGGUGGGCGGGAUGAUGUUGGCAAUGAUGUGCAGUUCCAUGUUCAGCAUUUGAUUCGGAAACUAGGAACGGCGGUCUACCUAGGACAAAGAGCAUUAGUGGCAGUUUCUCAAAAGAUUCCUGUCGUGGCAGAAAGUAUACUCUUUUCAGAUCCUUUUGAUGAUAAAUUUCCUGACAUGCAUCAGUAUAUGUUCAUCUUAAUCCAACUUCUCGAAUUCUUGGUAUGUGAUUACUUGCUAACAUGGUCAAGGGAUGAAAAUUUUGACCAAUUGUUGUUUGAAGAGUGGUUGACAUCAAUUAUCUAUGCCCGGAAAGCGCUGGGAGUCUUGGAAAGCAGCAAUAGUCUCUACAUGCUUUACAUGGAUCGGGUGGUCGGAGAAUUGGCGAGACAAUUGGGUCAGAUUUCAUCAAACCACAAGCUGAAUCCAGAUGUUCUAACCAACCUGUUCCUCUGACUGCAUCUUGCAUCAUACUGUUGUCACUCUCAACCCCUGUGCUUGCCUCAUGUUAUACUCCUUUGUUGUCGACGAGUGGUGUGCAGCUUCCAUCGAUCAGGGUAAGCGUGAAGCUGUCAGUCACUCGUCUAUUGUUAACGUCCGCAGUUAAUUAGCCUCAACUUAGCCAAUCAUGAUUUGUGAUCACAUUGUUACUCUCUCUCUCUCUCUCUCUUCCCCCCAACCCUGAAGCCUUCUGCAUUUUCUUUUUGUUCGUCCGGAUUCAGAUUGAAAUGUCCUUUGUGAAUAUAGAUCAGCUGUCUUCACGAGGCUCUUGACUUACUCGCAGGUACU